AUGAUAUCGUCAGAUACCACCGGCAGCCUCGCCCCCGUGGACCACCUCGACGUCGUCCCCAACGAAGCCCUAGGCCCGUUCAAGCUCGGAGACUCGUUCUGGACGGUGACCGAGGUGUUGAAGAACUACCGGAGUACGUUCAGGGUGGUCGAUAUAUCCUGGGACGAGGAGAACCCCGCGUCGAGCACGAUCCUGCUCAAACUCGACGGUUACAUCACCCUCAUCUUCCCAUCCACUCCACCUCCGUCGAUACCCUCGCUAUCAACGCCAUCCUCGUCGUCAUCGUCGACGGUCAAGAAGUCUCAACCCAGGUUCACAUAUGCUGGCCAGACCCUACACUCCGCCCGCGCACCGCUGGAUAAGAACCGAGUUUCCACCCUUUUUGGACCUACGUUCGAACCCAAGACCAGUCCCGGUCAAGAGGAUUCAAGAGGAAGGAUGACUUGUUACCCCGGGAUCGGCUUCGAGUGGUCCUCAUCGGCCGGCCGGGACCCUAUCGCCAAAGCCAACACAGAGGAGGAAGAGGAGGAGAAGUGGACUUUUCCUAGGAAAUGUAUCAAGUUAUAUUUCCAUACGCAUAACGGCGAUCACGGUAAUGAUAACAACAACAACCCGUACCCGAUCGAGCUGCACCGAACGCUCGCUCAAGACCUCCUCUUAGACCUAGGUCCGCCCGCCCGGAAAUACACCAAACAGGACGGGCGGUUCGAAGGGAUGUACGGAGGGAAAGGAGGCGAGGAGGGAGGCAAGGUCUGGUGGAACUAUUUCCAUCUAGGUCUGGAUUUCUUGGUCGACGAGGACGAGGCAGGGGUCGUCGUCAAGGUCAUGGUGCAUUCGAAUAUCCCCGGUACGGCCUUGUUUCAGCGAUACGCACGGUGUCCAUGGGAGAUCGUUGUCCCCGGCAGCCCCACACGGACUGUGUAUUGUCGGGAUAGCUUGAAAGCGGCUACAACGGCGCUUUCCCAAGCGCACGGGAACGGCGUCCACACCGACACCUCCAAAUCGUCUAAAUCGACUGCAAUGGCUUCGAAACCCAAGGACAGGAACUCGAACUCGAACUCGCCAGCUGAGAUUGAAGCUGCGGCGAUGACCCUAGAUCGGACGACUGAACCCGGAUUCGAGGGGAUCAUCAACAUCGACCCUAGCAGGAUCGUCGCGCUCGAUGGCAUUGUACUCGAAGAAGGUCCGGGAGGAGCGGGGAUCGCCUCGGUGUUGAUCUGUUAA